CCCAAUCGCGCACACUUUAGUUAGGCUCGUUUCCCUCAAUGUUUGUAAACAACAUUUCCAUGUCACACCUGCUAGAAAAACAUCAAUAGUUUUCACAAUUGUGUCGUAUUAGGACUAUGACAGCUAUAGAGAAAAUACGAGAGGCUGUUACUGAACUGUAUAAGUUCAGGGAUGAAUACUACACAACCCAUGGCACUGAUGCGGCUGUCAAAAAGAACCAAGAUGUGCAUCGGCAGAUCAAAAAGACUUUACAACUAAUUGACAGUCAUAAAGAUGAGAUUGGCCCAGAGUCCAAAGGAGAACUUUAUUUUCUUCGUGGAAGAGUACUAAAUGCCACGCCAGAAUACAGUGCGGAGGCAGAGGAAGAACUAGGAAAGGCCACACGUUUUAAUCUUCCUGAUGCCUGGAACGAGCUUGGAGAGUGCCAGUACAAGAAAGGAGAUCUGAGUGGUGCACAGACAUGUUUUGAAAAGGCAUUGAAGCUG